AUGAGUGCAGUAAGUGAAGGUGUGUUAAUCGUUGUUGCUCUUCUGAGACAAGAGAUAUUGAGAAAUCGUCGUAAAAAGAGGUGUUGGAUCAAAAAAUGGAUAGCAAGAAGAGGAGUUCUUGGAGCGUCUAACAAUCUUUGUGUAGAAUUACAAAUAGAAAAUGAAGAUGACUUUAAGAACAUGUUUCGUGUCAACAGAACCCAGGUUAAUUAUUUAUUAGAUAAAAUUGGUUCUUCUAUACAAAGGCUUUUGCCUUUUACAACAAUGCGUAAUGCUAUUCCUGCUCGAACAAAACUAGAAAUAGCAUUAAAAUAUUUGGCAACUGGAGAUUCGUUUGGUACACUGUCACAAUUAUUUAGAGUACCUAGGUGUACUAUAAGUACAUUCUUGGUCGAAGUUCUUGAAGCUAUUUACUCUGUAUUAGAAGAUUUUAUAAAGGUCCCAAACGAUCAACUACAAAUUCUUGUGAAAAUGCUACAAGUGCAGCACUACGUGCAUCACAAUUCUUGUAAUUCACAUUUUCAGUGUCCCACAAACACUCAUGACUGCGAUAAAUCUCAAUAA